UGACGAAAACGUGACCAAACCGGUGUCUAAAAUGGCCGCUUAUUGGUUACCCAAUACUCUUCCGUGAGCCUAUCAAAGGACCCCUGCUGUCUUUUUAGCUGCCUGUGAAGAAAUAUACCCGCAAUAGAGAAAAAUAUUAAUUUGUCUCUUGUAUUUUACGCGCUGUAGGACAGAGUUAGUCAUCUGUAACAGCUGUUUUGUGUGAUAUGGUUAAAACAGUUUAUAGCUGUAAUGUUGUGCGGUGUUUUGUGUAUGUUUGUGUAAUUUGAUCAGGCAGAACGGGACAGACCCGCUACUGUUGUUUACUCUAGUCAGCUGCUUUCAUCUCCUUUCAGUUUCCUCGUAGAUUGGAGGAAACUUUUUAAGCUGCGGCUGUAAAAUGAGUCGGAUAUUGCGGUCGAUGUGUGCAGACUGCUGUAAAUCAGGAUGGGAGAGCUGGAGAAGAGGAUACAGCGGGUUUAACUCUUAUUCAGCCGCAGUGUUAAAGUUCAGGAAUUUUUCAUUGCAUCGAGUGAAAUUAAGAUUAGGAUCGAAAGAGUUGUUGCUCUCACAAGCAAGUGUCUUCUCCAGCAAACUACCAAAAGGAUUUGAGAAGUACUUUCCAAAGAGAUCAGCAGCAGAACCCAGAGAGAAAUCCAGCGAAGGGGAAUCCCAGAGAAGCAGAGGUGGAGCAGGAACAGGUGGUGGUGACAAGAAGGAAGAUGGCAGUCGGUGGUCUCGCAUCCUACGAAGAGACGUCCCGUGGGAUGAGAAGCAUUUCUGGAACGUCGUCUUCGCAGGAGCUGGGAUGCUGGCGACUUUUCUUUAUUUAUACUUCAGAGAUGAUGGAAAAGAGAUCUCAUGGAGGGAGUUUGUGAAUUACUACCUCGCUCGAGGCCUGGUCGCGAGGCUGGAAGUGGUUAAUAAACAGUACGUCAGAGUCAUCCCUGCUCCCGACGUCAACACAUCAGAAGUGAGUUAUGUUUGGUUUAACAUCGGUACCGUGGACACAUUUGAAAGGAAUUUGGAGCAAGCAGAACAAGAGCUGGGUUUGGAGGAUCCACACAAGCUGCCAGUGCUGUACAGCACAGAGAGAGAUUUGACGUUCCUCGCGAUUUUAUUCCCGUUCGUCGCGCUGCUCGGUUUGCUCGCGUUCAGCUCGAGGCAGUGGAGGCCCGGAGGAUGGCAGCGCAGGAGAGGAAACAACAUCUUUAGGAUGACCGAGUCCAAAGCGAAGAUGAUCAGAGGCAACAUUAAUGUCAGGCUGAAGGACGUUGCUGGUUGUGAAGAGGCCAAACUGGAGAUUUUGGAGUUGGUCAACUUCCUGAAGAAGCCCAAGCUGUACCAGGAACUCGGUGCCAAAAUCCCAAAGGGCGCAGUGUUAUUAGGUCCACCCGGCACAGGAAAGACCCUGCUGGCCAAAGCGACUGCUGGUGAAGCUGGAGUUCCCUUCAUAACAGUCAACGGCUCAGAGUUUCAGGAGAUGUUCGUCGGUGUAGGAGCAGCCCGGGUAAGGGACACGUUUGCGCUGGCCAGAAGACACGCCCCCUGUAUCCUCUUUAUUGAUGAGAUCGAUGCAAUGGGCAGGAAGAGGGGCCAGCGGCAUUUCGGUGGGCAGAGUGAGCAGGAGAACACACUUAACCAGCUGCUGGUGGAAAUGGAUGGCUUUAACAGCAGCACUAACGUCGUGGUUCUGGCUGCCACUAACCGCGUAGAUGUUUUAGAUCCGGCACUUUUGAGACCUGGACGAUUCGACAGGCAUAUUUACAUAGGACCGCCUGAUAUUAAAGGCAGGGCUUCGAUCUUUAAAGUGCACAUGAGGCCACUGAAGCUGGAUUCCAGUUUGACCUCAGAUAAUCUGGCGAGAAAACUGGCUGCUCUCACACCUGGCUUCACAGGGGCCGAUAUUGCGAACGUGUGUAAUGAAGCGGCUCUCAUCGCGGCACGGCACCUCAGCCCGGCUGUGACCUCCAGGCACUUUGAGCAGGCCGUAGAGAGGGUGAUCGGAGGUCUGGAAAAGAAGACGAGGGUUCUGCAGCCUGCUGAGAAAACCACCGUAGCUUACCACGAGGCCGGCCACGCCGUCGUAGGCUGGUUCCUGGAGCACGCUGACCCUCUCCUGAAGUUGUCCAUCGUUCCUCGAGGUAAAGGCCUGGGCUACGCGCAGUACCAGCCGAAAGAGCAGUACCUGUUCACGCGCGAGCAGCUCUUUGACAGGAUGUGUGUGAUGCUCGGAGGGCGCGUGGCGGAGCAGGUGUUUUUCGGCAGGAUCACCACAGGCGCUCAGGACGAUCUGAGAAAGGUCACGCAGUCUGCGUAUGCUCAGAUCGUGCAGUUUGGGAUGAGCGAGUCAGUGGGUCAGGUGGCGUUUGAUUGGACGCAGCAGGGCGAGCUAGUCUCGGAGAAGCCUUAUAGCGAAGCCACUGCUGAGCUCAUAGAUCAGGAAGUGCGUUCUCUCAUCAGCAAGGCCUUCGAGAGAACACAGCAGCUCAUCACCGAGAAACGAGAGCUAGUGGAGAAGGUGGGGAAGCGUCUCCUGCAGAACGAAGUCCUGGACAAAGCGGACAUGGUGGAACUGUUGGGCCCGAGGCCGUUUGUAGAGAAAUGCACCUACGAGGAGUUUGUUGAGGGGACUGGCAGCAUCGACGAGGACACGAGUCUGCCCGAGGGCCUGAAGGACUGGGACAAGGAGAGCGACACGUCUCGGCAGCACAAAGAGUUUAUAUACUUGUAGCACGUACCAUGGACGGAGCUCCGUGGAGCCGGAAAUGACUAAAACGUUAAACUAGAGCGUCUGAGUAGUCGCAGGAUCCCAGCUGAGAGCAGCACGUCAUUCCAAAGUCAUUUUUAAGGCUUUUGCUUGGAGUUUCUACAUUAGGGACAACGCCAGAAAGUGUCCCUGACUGAGACAAGGACCUGAGAAGGAGGUCCAAGCUGAAACGUCAAGGCAUUACCGAAGACACAGGGAUCAGGAUCCUGUCAGACCCUGCACGGUGUAUCUUUACCUCCAUGUGGUCAGAGGUGAAGAUCUCAAAACAAGGACGAUAGCACAUGACUCGUCUGACCGCUGUUUAAAAACAAAAAAACACGGAGCUAACUUCCAAUGAAUCCUGAUUUUACAAGUACAACCCCAAUUCCAAAAAAGUUGGGACACUGUGUAAAAAGUGCAUAGAUGUAAAUAAAAACAGAAUGCAAUGAUUUGCAAAUCUCAUAAACCUCUGCCUCGCUAAGACGCUCUUUUUCUACCCAAUCAUAUUAGUGACCUGUUUCCAGUUAACCUCCAGCUGUUUCUUUACACUAACACUUACUUUUCCAGGCUUUUGUUGCCCCGUCCCAACUUUUUUGAGACGUGUUGUGGCCAUCGAAUUCAAAAUUUGCUUAUCCGUUCCCCUUAAAACGGUACAUUUCCUCAAUUUAAACAUUCGAUUUCUUUUCUCCGUUCUAUUGUGAAUAACAUACGGGUCUUGUGAGAUUUGCGAAUCGUUGCGUUCUGUUUUUAUUUACGUUUUACGCAGCGUCCCGACUUUUUUGGAACUGGGGUUGUAUUUAUUCGUGUGUAAUGUAGAUAAACUGUAACGGUGGACUAAUGAUCAAUUGAUUAGCUAGUCAAAUCUGCCAUGUUUUGGUUGCCCAGAUACAUAAUUACUAAGUAGUUAAGUACAUUACUAACUAAAGUAAUGUAAUAACAUGCAGUAUCAUUGGCUAGCUAUUUAGUUAAGUGAUAAUUAUUUCCCAGAUUAAGGGAAAUAAACAUGUUUAUGAUUCAUUUACUUCCAACAGUUUCUAAUGUAGCGCAUGGCGUUUGUGACCUCGGCGGAAAGUCAUGGGACACGGUUUUGUCUAGGAGUGUUCUGUGGUGUUAUAUCCUGUCAUGCAUAAAACAUAUAUUUGAGUUCA